AUGGGUGAAAAGAAUAAGCAGAAGAAAUGGUUCUCCUUCCACCAAAGAUCCGCUUCCGUCACCGCUACAACAGUACCUCAGCACAAACACGACGAGACUCCGCCGGAGUUUCUUUGUCCCAUCACCGGAUUCCUCAUGUCGGAUCCGGUUGUCGUCCCAUCUGGUCAAACCUUCGAGCGUCUCUCCGUCCAGGUCUGUCGCAACUUAGGUUAUGUACCGGAUCUCCUCGACGGGGCCCGACCCGAUUUCUCCACCGUCAUCCCUAACCUCGCCAUGAAAUCCACCAUUUUCAGCUGGUGCGACCGGAAAAAAGUCGACCACCCUCGCCCUCCUGACUCCGCCUACGUCGAAGGCGUGAUUCGUGCCCGGAUGGAUAAGGAUCCGGCUCCGAAUCCGGGUCCGGGUCAGGAAUCUCCGGAUACCAAGGCUCCAGAGCCUGAAAUUCUCCCUCCUGUGGCUGAGGAUUCGCCUUCCGAUUACGAUGCUGUAAUGGAGGCGAUUCGAGCUCGAUCCAAGAGCUCAAUGUCGCCGACUACAUCACUUGAGUCUGUUACGAUUGGGCAGAGUCCAUUUCACCCUGCCCGAGCCGUGAGUAUGUUCUCUUCGUCUUCUACUUCGUCCUCCGGAGUUUACGCCGGAGCUGAUAGUCCAUUUCGGAACGCUAUCUCUUUCUCUUCCUCCGACCACUCCUCGACUCCGAUGUCUCCGGAAGAGGAAGAGAUCUACAACAAAUUGAGAGGCGUUGACAUUUUCGACCACGAACAAGGCCUGAUUCUGCUUAGGAAGAUGACGAGAUCCGGCGAAGACCUCCGGAUUUCGCUCUGCACCGACCGGAUUCUCUCCUUCCUCCGAACAUUUCUCGUUUCGCGGUACAAUCUCGUGCAGACGAACGCCGCCGCUUCGUUGGUUAACCUCUCGCUGGAGAAACAGAACAAAGUGAAGAUCGUGCGGUCAGGAUUCGUUCCCCUUUUGAUCGACGUGUUGAAAUCGGGAACGACGGAGGCGCAGGAACACGUCGCCGGCGCGUUGUUUAGUUUGGCGCUAGAAGACGAGAACAAAAUGGUGAUUGGGGUUCUCGGCGCGGUGGAGCCGCUCCUCCACGCACUCCGUUCAUCGGAAAGCGAACGAGCGCGCCAAGACGCAGCGCUUGCGCUCUAUCACCUAUCGCUGAUUCCGAGCAACAGGACGAGGCUGGUCAGAGCAGGUGCGGUACCGACUCUGCUUUCGAUGGUUAGAUCGGUUGAAUCGUCGAGCCGGAUAUUGUUAGUACUCUGCAACCUCGCGGCUUGUCCAGACGGGAAAGGGGCGAUGCUAGACGGAAAUGCGGUGGCGAUUCUGGUAGGGAAGCUUAGAGAAGGUGGUGAUGAUUCUGAGGCGGCGCGUGAGAAUUGCGUGGCGGUUUUGUUUGCGCUCUGUCAAGGAAAUCUGAGGUUUAGGGGGUUGGCGAGUGAGGCAGGAGCUGAGGAAGUGUUGAAGGAAGUGGAAGAAAAUGGGAAUGGACGGGUGAAGGAGAAGGCGGCGAAGAUUCUGCUGGCGAUUGGAGGAGGAGGAGGUGGAGGAGAGAGUGAGUUUGGGGAAAACGCGGAGGCGCGUGAGUGGAAUCGUAUGCUUGAGGCGACUGGCUUAAGUCGGACUCAGUUUCAAGGAGGGCAAAAGGGGGGUUUCGCUUAUUCCUCCCAAUUCUAG